AUUGAGCAGACGAUGUCAAUAAACCGAAGCAGGAGCAGCAUGAGCUGAUGUGUUGAGAUCGCGUCUGUGGAUCAUUCAGUGACAUAAUUUACACAAAUUAAUAAUUUAAUCAUGCCGAUGAAGGGAAGAUUCCCCAUACGGAGGACACUGGAGUAUCUGCAGAAAGGAGAAGUUGUGUUUAAAAAAUCAGUGAAGAUUAUGACUGUCAAUUAUAACACACAUGGAGAUCUGAGUGAAGGAGCAAGGAAGUUUGUGUUCUUCAGUAUCCCUCAAAUCCAGUACAAAAACCCCUGGGUUCAAAUAAUGAUGUUCAAAAACAUGACACCCUCACCCUUCCUCCGAUUUUACCUCGAUGAUGGAGAGCAAGUGUUGGUGGACGUAGAAGGAAAAGACCAUAAAGAAAUUACUAACCAUGUGAAGAUGAUCCUUGGCAAGUCAGAUAAAGUUCUUGAAGGAGAAGCUCUGGCUAAAAUGGAGUUGUCAAACCCUGCUAACUUUGGGCCCAAGAAAUAUUUUCUGAGGGAGUGUAUCAGUGAAGUGGAGGGUCAAGUUCCUCAUCCUGGAUUUGUCCCGCUUCCCAAAGAGAUGACUGGCAAAUACAGGGCCAAACUGGCUACAGGCUCUGAUGAGUAAAUACUGUUUGGGAUGAAUGUAAAAAUACCCUCUUAUUUAAAAAAAAAAAAAAAAAAAAAAAAAGGUCCUUUAUCUUUGAUGUUUUUUGACUUUCACUCAGACUGUGAUUAUGGAAAGCAAACUUGUUUUAUAAACUUUCAAAACAAUAAAUAUACAACAAUUAAAAAUUGGUUAUUUAUUCUUUUGUGAACCUUUCACAAAACAAAAACCUAAAGAAUAUCUCACCGUGUUUUCAUUCAGUGAAUUUUAUUAAUUAUUAGUGUUACAUUUGAUACCUGAUAUUGCUUAGUGUAAACACAACAUUAUCCAAAAGCUAAUGGAGAGGUUGUUAGUCACAACAUGUUACUCUGAUGACACAAA